AUGCUGAACUCCUCAGUGGCAGAUCAACUCACCCGACUGACCCUGAAACUCCUCGAGAAGAAACUGGAGCAAGAGCGUGAGGAUGUGGAGGGGGCUUCUGAGGACCCCCAUGUUGUGCCAGGAGAUGAGGACGGGCCAGAGGCUGCCCUGCGGAGCGCUCUGAGGAUGAGGAAGGACCUUCUGCAGAGACUCUGGGAACAGCACCUCCUGGAAGAGGAUUCCCGGGUUCGUCACCAUAGGGGAGGAGGAGGAGCCCAUGGGUCAGUGCUGCCCCCAGAGGCGCCCCCCGUGGCCAUCCACCCCACUGUCUCCCCAGCCCCACCUGCCCUAGACCCACCACGGAUCAUCCAACACCCGGCACCCCCACCUCCUGCCACCAUCAUCCAGCAGCUGCCUCAGCAGCCACUCAUUGCACAGAUCCCCCCUCCCCCGGCCUUCCCCACCCAGCGGUCAGGAAGCAUCAAGGAAGAGGUGGUGGAGAUGAUGCUGAUGCAGAACGCGCAGACGCACCAGCUCCUCAUGCAGGCCUUGAUGCUCAGAGCCCUGGCCCCGCCAGCACUCGCGCCCACCCCCCUGCACCUCACCCCACAGGUAGGCUCCACGUCCAGGCCGAGACCAGAAGACCUGGUGGUUUCGCCUCCAGAAACUCAUGUGUUUCUGGCUCCGGGGCCCGUGUGGAGGGAGGGGGCCGGGGAGCAGCCGGCAUCCUCGCUGAAACACUCUGCUGUGUGUCCUGCUGAGGAUGCACGGCAUGCCCACCCGGCCAUCCAGAGGCCGCCCUCCGUCCGCCACCACCAUCGCUAUGCACCUCCAACCCUGCUGCCGGCCAUGCCUGCGCCUGGCUCCCCUCUGGGUUACUCCGUGUGGCCCCUGGUGGUCUCAGCCACUGCUCUCCCGCCUGCUGCCAGCUUCCUGCCCAGCACCGCGCAGUACACGACUGGCCCGUCUGCGGCCGCCCUUAGCACGUAA